AUGGCUGCAACCAACGGAUCAAACGGAAAUGGAAACGGAAAUGGUCACGUAACACGUCGACCCCUCCAAGAUGGAAUCUACGCCCCAACCAUGACAUUUUUCGACCCCGAGACUGAAGAACUCGACAUUGCCUCAAUCAAAAGACAUGCCAUCCGUCUCGCCGAAGCCGGUCUCGUCGGUCUAGUAACCAUGGGAUCGAACGGUGAAGCCGUUCAUCUUUCCCGCGACGAAAAGCAAGCCGUUACCCGUGCCACCCGUGAAGCUCUCGAUUCCGCUGGCUUCGACCAAGUCCCCAUUAUCGUCGGAGCAACCGAAGGUUCCGUUCGCGGCACCAUCGACCUCAUCAAAGAAUCACAAAAAGCAGGAGGAGAAUACGUUCUCCUACUACCUCCUUCGUAUUUCCGUGGUCUUAUGGAUGAAGAAUCCGUAUACAACUAUUUCAUCCAAGUAGCCGAUGAAUCUCCUUUACCAAUCAUCCUAUACAAUUACCCAGGUGCAGUUGCCGGUAUUGAUAUGGACUCCGAUCUCAUCAUCCGUCUCGCCAAACACCGCAAUAUCGUCGGCACCAAAUUCACCUGUGGUAACACUGGAAAGCUCACCAGAGUUGCUUUGGCCACCAAUGCCAAGACUGCCUUCUCGGAAGGAUCUGGCUACAUGGCUUUUGGGGGCAUGUGUGAUUUCACAGCUCAGACUUUGAUUUCGGGUGGUUCAGGAAUCAUUGCGGGUGGUGCAAAUGUGAUGCCCAAGGUGUGUGUUAAGGUUUGGGAAUUGUAUAGGGAGGGUAAAAGGGAUGAGGCAUUCGCGUUGCAAAAGCUUCUGAGUAAGGGUGAUUGGGUUCUUACUAAAGCUGCAAUUGCGGGAACUAAGAGUGCGAUUCAAAGUUACUAUGGAUAUGGUGGAUACCCACGAGCACCGUUGAAGAGGUUGGAUGAUAUUAAGACGAGUGCGAUUAAGGAGGGUAUUGAUGAGCUGAUGAAGGUCGAGUUUAGUUUAUAG